CACAGCACCUGCCUCGGGGGUUCCGCCUUCCGGAGGACACACGAUUGCGAAGCAAAGGAACGCAUCAUUGACUUCAAGGCGAAAACCGGUCUAAAGCCCUCAUUAGAUUGCAAUUGCGGCAUACAUACGUGCCAAGUGAGCGCCUCGGCAUGCCAUAAAAUCGGCCAGGCAACGACUUUUGAGGACAUUUCAACGAGAGGAUAUUGUGACGAGAUGCGUCCGCGGAGUGCUUUCUGAACCCGCUCCACAAAGCCCCUGAAGCAGGCCCGCCCGUGUUUUUGUUUUCAAUUGUGUUGGACGCGAUUUCCUUUGUUUUUCUUUUCUUUAUUUUUUUCCCUUUUUCUGUCGAUCUAGCAGCUGAUGAUGAGCAAACAUGUCAGGGAAUCAUUACAAAGGCCACGAAGUCAGUUGCUGCAUCAAAUACUUCAUUUUUGGAUUCAACAUCCUCUUUUGGCUGCUGGGCAUGGCUUUGGUUGGAAUUGGCUUGUGGGCAUGGAGUGAGAAGGGAGUUCUGUCCAACAUUUCGUCCAUCACAGACCUGGGGGGUCUCGACCCGGUGUGGCUCUUCAUGGUGGUCGGUGGGAUCAUGUUCAUCCUGGGCUUUGCCGGAUGCAUCGGAGCGCUGCGGGAAAACACCUUCCUGCUCAAAUUUUUCUCGGUGUUCCUGGGAAUCAUAUUUUUCCUGGAGCUGACCACCGGAAUCCUGGCAUUCGUCUUCAAGGACUGGAUCAAGGACCAGUUGAACCUGUUCAUCAACAACAACAUCCGGGCUUACCGGGAUGACAUCGACCUGCAGAACCUAAUUGAUUUCACUCAGGAAUAUUGGGAGUGCUGCGGCGCCUUUGGAGCGGACGACUGGAACCUCAACAUCUACUUUAACUGCACUGAUGGAAACCCCAGUCGGGAAAAGUGUGGCGUUCCUUUCUCCUGCUGCACCAAGGACCCCGCAGAGGAUGUAAUAAACACUCAAUGCGGAUAUGACAUUCGAGAAAAACUAGACUCGGAGCAGAAGGAUUACAUCAACGUGAAAGGAUGCGUGCCACAGUUUGAGAAGUGGCUGCAGAACAACCUCACCUUAGUGGCGGGGAUAUUCAUUGGCGUGGCGUUGCUGCAGAUCUUUGGAAUUUGUUUGGCGCAGAAUUUAGUGAGUGACAUUGAAGCAGUGCGUGCAAGCUGGGUGCCCCCCCAACUCUCCAUACGUCGACCCCUGCCAAACUCUGGCAAGAACGCUCUGGCGUACUACUCGUGAGGCACAUGCUAUGCGUGUUUGUAUCCGUGGAUUUUGACGAGUCGGCUGCAGGACUUGAGCUCUCCCCCACCACUCCCCGUGAGGACGUCAAUGAGGGGGACAUCCACCUGCACUACUCACCGAGCCAGCACCUUUUUAAGGCACUACUACUGUGUGAAAAAAGAUGAUGUAUGUACAGUAUAUACAUGUAAAAAGAAAAACACUGCCCAUCUUUAGUUUCUGUUGUAGUUGAGACACUGUUCCCGUAACAUUGGCUAGUUGUCCGUUUACCAUAACGUAAAAAGAGCAAUAAGAUCAUUUAAAUGUGGGCAACCAGGAGACAGCCUCGUUAGCUUACCAGGUUAAGCUAGCUAGCGCCGACGGCUAGUAACCCAGCCCGGUGUUAGUAGAGUAGCGUUAGCGUUGUGAGCUAACAUGGGUAAUCCAUUGCUUACCUGUUGAUUUUUUUUUUGGGGGGUGGGGGGGAAUUCAAAUAACUGGUUUUGAUAAAUACUUUUAACAUUAAAACAGCAUUUUGCAUAAUGCGUUGGAUAAUUUGUUUGCAGGACACAUGAUCCAUUAGACCAAUGAUUCUCAACUGGUUGUUCUUUACCCAAAAGCGACUUGCAGACAACUUGUAAAAAACGCAGUGUUGUUUGUAUUCUCAUUUUUUGGGUACAAUAUGGAACUUCCCACAUGGAACCUACAAUUCAUUUGGUAAGUGACGAGCUACUCAAGUCGCUAGUUUACAAUAAAAGAAAUGCUUUGCCAGCACAGCGUUUGGCUCACAGGCAUCAUAGCUAGUAAUACACUAAAUUCAUUUGAAACAGCGUUUAAAAAUAUAACAUUGUAUAUGUAUAGUUAAUGGCAUUUCCCCUCCACCACCCACCCACCCAAAAAAUGCUCGAUUGUCCUUAACGUUCAUGGUCGUGACCUAGUAACAGCAGGAAGAUGCGGGUCUCAGAGUGGCAACAGUUGAGAACCACUGCAGUGGACUUUGGUUUUAGUAUAACGUCAGCCAUCAAAAAUAUCCCAUUUACUGUAGAAUGUUUUAUUUGACUUUUUACUUAAACCACGAACCGUUUGAGGGUGUGAAUUUUGUCCAUUAAAAAAAAAAACAUGUUCCUUUACUAUUGAUGUUUCAAGUAACAUUUCACAUGGGUUGUUUGAGGGAACAGAAUUUUUGUGACACUUGUUUUUUAUUUGACAGUCCCACCUGUCAUUUGAGGUCAUCAGUGCUGUGAAGGGUUUGGGGUACACGCAUGUAGUUUUUGGAAGGUGUUUAAUGCACUAUUGUGUCAGCAAAGAUUGCUAAGUUUUGGUUAUGCGCCAGUUUUAAUUCAUUUAAUAUUGUAUUUGCCACUCAUUUGUGGCAUACUGUGUUUCUGAAGCAUCUUGUAUGUAUUUGGUUUUUAUGAACACAAUUGACUUGCUCUUUAAAAAAAGUCAUUUGAUAUGAUUCAUGUGUGUAUAAAAUACUCAUCACUGGCCACUGUACCUUGGGUUGUUUUAAGUCACACAAUUUUCCACAAAGGUAUUAUUGAUAAUAUGGUCUCAUUUAUUACCUUGAAAAUGGGGCCGGGUUUAAAAUAAAUGACUGACAUAUUGACCAAGAUUGUGUGAAAGGACUUUGAAAUUGAGAUUGUAUUGCAUUCCUCGUAAAAAAAAAAAAAAAAUAGACAGCCCCUGCUAGCUAUCAGCUUUUAAUUAUCUUCUGUUACAGUCUUCCAAAUGUACAACUUUUUUUGACAUUUACAACAAACAUUUACGUUUAUAGUACUUUUAUGCUUUUGCUAUGAAUACAACUCAUUUAAGAGCACAUCUGAUAAAUAACCACUCAUACUUAAAAAAAAAUAACAGUUGUUACAGAUUGGGACAUGCCAAGAUUUACAGUAUAUGCGAUGCGCUAAGACAAAGCAAUCUUCAAGAGAUCCACUCGUGUGGCAGCUCAUGCAUUUCUUCACUGAUGUGCAUUUAAUUACGGACGCUAGCUGCACUUUUAUUCACUGCCAAGUGUUUGUGUGUGUGUGUGUGUGUGCUCCCAAUGAAUAUUGUUAUAGUAUCUCAACAGGUUUUUGACAAUGCACCAGUGACAUGGGUGGGGGGUAAACAACUCACAAAACUAUGAUGUGUAUUUACAUUUACUAUGUCCUGAACAUAAACUGUAGUUUCAAAUUAGUGGCCUCCAAUAGAAACCCCAAUUUAUUUGAUGUAUAGUAAAGCAGCACUGACACAGACAAAGGGAGGGUGGGGGGUGCAAUUUUUUUAGCCCAGAUGCCUAGAGCAGGCAUGGCAUCUGUAAAGCUGACCCAACGCAAUGAUGAAAAUGCAAAUGUUGUGCAGUUUAGUCUAAUAAUGCGUAACAAAAUCUCAAGGACAUGUUCAUCCCCGAAGAACUGCUGGAACAGCCUAAAAUGGCUGUUUCGAGUUAAAAUGGCUGACUUCCUAUGUGUUUUCAGAUGGGGGAUUUUGAGAGGUUUGACACACAUGCCAACCAAAUGUCAAUAUCCUGCCUUAUUGUAGCCGGAUCUGUGUAAAACGAUUCCCGCCACACAAGACUGAUACUCUGCAUUUAAGUAGAUAGCCGAUCAUGAGGUAAAGCGGUAAUUUUCUUGGUGAAUGAGACAUGACUAAUGAAAGGUGCCUCACUCUUUUGUUCUGACUUUCUCCAUAAAUCCGUAGACCCGAUAUCAGCAGCUCAAACACAUACUGGAUCAAUGAUAUUAAAAAAAAAAAAGACACAAACCAGGCAAUUCUAAAAACAAUGACAAUCUAUUUUUUUAAAUCUAUAUAUUUACUGAAAAUGGAUGCCUCCAGAAAAAACAAAACAAAACAAAAAAAUAACAGGUUCCCCACUCUUGCGUCAGAGGUAAACUGGCCAAAACAAAACCAAAC